AUGUUACUGAGACACCUCCGCACGCUCUCGACAUCUGCGAAACUUGCUGAAAAGGUCAAAGUCAAGAAUCCAAUUGUUGAAUUGGACGGAGACGAAAUGACGAGAAUCAUCUGGCAGAAAAUCAAGGACGAGUUGAUUCACCCAUACUUGGACGUUGAUUUGAAAUACUACGACUUGGGAAUUGAAUCUCGUGAUGCUACCAACGACCAGAUCACCGUUGAUGCUGCUCACGCAAUCCAGAAAUACGGCGUGGGUGUCAAAUGUGCAACCAUUACCCCUGAUGAAGCUAGAGUCAAGGAAUUUGGCUUGAAGAAAAUGUGGCUUUCGCCCAAUGGUACCAUCCGUAACAUCUUGGGAGGCACCGUCUUUAGAGAAAGCAUCAUUAUUCCCUGUGUGCCAAGAUUGGUCCCCGGUUGGAAAGAACCAAUUGUCAUUGGAAGACAUGCAUUUGGGGACCAGUACAAGGCCACCGAUUUGGUGAUUAAAGAGCCGGGUACGUUGGAGUUGAGAUUCACUCCUGAAAACGGAGGAGAGCCACAGACCCAUAAGGUCUACAAAUACCCUGGCCCAGGUGUUGGUUUGGCCAUGUACAACACGGACGAGUCCAUCAGUGGCUUUGCUCAUGCAUCUUUCAAGAUGGCCUUGAACAAGGGUCUUCCAUUGUACAUGUCCACCAAGAACACCAUUUUGAAGAAAUAUGACGGCAGAUUCAAGGACAUUUUCCAAGAGAUAUACGAAAAGGAGUACGAGGCAGCAUUUAAAGAAAAGGGGUUGUGGUACGAGCACAGAUUGAUCGAUGACAUGGUUGCGCAAAUGAUCAAGUCAAAGGGAGGAUUUGUGAUGGCCUUGAAGAACUACGAUGGAGACGUGCAAUCCGAUAUCGUUGCUCAAGGGUUCGGUUCCUUGGGUUUGAUGACGUCGGCAUUGAUGACCCCAGAUGGGUCAGCUUAUGAGUCUGAAGCAGCUCACGGUACCGUCACUAGACACUACAGACAGCACCAACAAGGUAAGGAAACCUCCACAAACUCGAUUGCGUCGAUUUUUGCAUGGAGCAGAGGUAUUGCCCAAAGAGGUAGAUUGGACAAUACUCCCGAAGUUGUUGAGUUUGCCGAUAGGCUCGAGAAGGCCACCAUCGACACGGUGCAAGAAGAUAGAAUCAUGACCAAGGACUUGGCUCUAGCCAUGGGCAAGACUGAUAGAUCAAGCUACGUUACAACCACUGAGUUUUUGGACGCUGUUGCAAAUAGAUUAAAGCAUUGA